GCAACGGGAAGAGGGAAAGGACUAAACAGAAAAGGAAUCGCAUGCCACUAUGUCUGAAUACUGGUAGAUAAUUCCAUCCGAGUUGCCCUUUGCCUUUUAUUUCCGUUUUUGGACACGUCUUUUAUCAUCCAGCCAACUGGGAUAGACAAAGCACUGCUGGUGCUCUGAGCGACAGAACUCUAGUAGGGGGCUGGCUGUAAAUCGACGUGGCGUGGAAAUCUUCCACUGAGUUGUAGCAGCUUGCCUGUUUCCCGUAAGACCAAGCCCAGCCUCCUGGAGCUGGAGCUUAAUCACCAUGGGCUCAACUUUACAGAAAAAUGGAUAGAAAAAGUCUUCAGGUCCUUUCUUUGGACUCAAAUGUUUUCUUUUUGAGUAUCUAUGGCUUAGCUGAAAAAAUCAAAGUAGUUAAGUCUGUAACUUUCCUUUUGCAGCUUAAACAACAGAAUUUGCUGCUUUCCCUUCCCUAUCCUGCAAUUUAAUUCCUUACAGACUUUGCCAUGGGGUGCGGACUUAGAAAGCUAGAAGACCCUGAUGAUAGCAGCCCUGGAAAAAUAUUUUCUACCCUGAAGAGACCGCAAGUGGAAACAAAGACAGAAUUUGCUUACGAAUAUGUACUGCUGGAUUUUACUUUACAAGCAUCUUCAAACCCAGAAGUCAUCAAAAUAAAUUCAAUUCCAGAUAUAGUAACAAAUGUGGAAGACUACUACCUUAAAGGCUAUAGUAUUGGAGCUAUUCAUCCUGUCAUACAAUCUGCAGGGCAGCGAAAACCCCUGCCUGCAAGUUACUUAUACAGGGCAGUGCUGUCGCGCUUGAAAGUAAGCCCGAAGCACUCAGCAGCACCCAGUGGACAAAGACGCCCAAGGCUUGUGAUUGAAGAAUGUCCUCUAACUUAUGAGACACAAACAAAUGACAUAGCAAAAGAACUGAUAGAAAAGAUUAAUGUAGCUGCUAAAAGAGGAAUGAAAUUUGUUGGAUUCAUAUCGCAGCAAUAUCCACCACUUAAAUUCUGCAAUGGAGCCAACCAUGAUGGAGAUACAGAAUCAACAGCUCCCGUGAGACACAGUUCAGAUGAAAGCUGUAGAAGCUGGCAUGAAGGAACAGUAAGUGGGCGAUCAUCUGAAAGUGGCGUUGAGGAAGAGCUUCAUCAUGAAAGUGCACAGUGUCAAACGGAGCGAGCUGGCAGCCCCAAGUCCUCGACAUCAAGAAAGGGAGAAGAUAUUAAGUUGUACAUAUUCUUCAAUGUCUUCGAUGAUGAAUCAACCUGUUGGACCUAUCAGGAAGGCAUCCUGUCAAUGAAAGUAACAAGAAAAGGAGCUGUCAUUAGUACCCUUGAUGCUGAUUGGCUGGAGUUAACUACAUUUUAUUAUAAACAAGGCCUGUCUUUAAUUGAUUCUUUUGUAUGCUGGGAAACAUCUAAAGGGGACCAUUUGCCUAAAUCUUUGGAAGGAUUUUUUAUCUAUGAAGAAGAAGGUUCUGGAGUUCCAGGUUCCAGUAGGAAAGGAAAUGAUGCCAUUGUAGUAGAACAAUGGACUGUUAUUGAGGGCUGUGAAAUCAGAACGGAUUAUGGACCUCUGCUGCACACUCUGGCUGAGUUCGGAUGGCUCCUGACAAGCGUGUUGCCUACACCUGUACUGAGACAUGACAGUGAAGGGAAUUUGACUACAAAGCAAGUUGUGUUUCUUCAGAGACCAGUUAUGUGGAAUUCAGUUGCUCAAACACCAAAAAGGAAAGCCAGCCAGCAUAUAAAAGGUGAAGACAGGAACAAAGUCACCAGUAGGAGUGUUGGACUGGACACGGCCACGUCACAACCUACGGAGACCAGGCACUCCCCGGAGGAGUGCCUGCUCUCUCCUUCCAGAGAAUGCUGGAUGAAGGAGCGGAGGCCAGCACAGUACAGCAGCUUCUCUGGGCUCAGCAGCAGUGACAGCGUCCUACGGGAAUUAGACGAUGGACAGUUUGAUCAGGAAGAUGGAGUAACUCAGGUCACUUGUAUGUGAGCAGUGAGGUAAAGCAAUGGAAGGCCCUGUAAAUAAUGAUUAAAAUAAUUGCCAGCUGACUUGACUGUUAUUACUUUCUCUGCAUUUAUGUAAUACUUUCAUCUUUUCCAGACUCAGACUUCCUCUAAUCUUCAUAAACUUGGCUCAAUCUCCCAAAUGAGGUAGGAUAACCAACAUAUUUGUAAAUUCAGAAUCAUGUUUACACUUCUCUUAACUAAAACAUCUGUUUAAACAGAUGUCUCAUUAGAUAAUCUAGUUCAGUUUCUCAUGAUUGUGCAAGGUAUACUUUUCCUACAAUUUCUGGUAAGAAGACUUACCAGUAUUUUACCUAAUUAGAAAGUUCUUGGGAGAUUAGAGUCUUACUAGGCUAAAAAAUAACCUCUCUCUCUCUCUCUCUC